AUGGAAGAAGGUCUUAGAAGAAGUCCGCGUCUAGUGACGGCUUCGAAUCCAAAAGUUUAUCGAAGAAAUCGAAAGAAGCUUCAAGUUUCGUCUUCUAAUUCUACGGAUGAAAUUCCAAGUUUUAGUUUGGGUAUAUCACAAAUUUCGGGAGAUAAGAACAAUGAGGAGAAGAACAAUGAGGAGAAAAAGAAAGGUAAAAAACGAGUUAAAGAGGUUAAAACAAUGAAGAGAUCAAAAAAAAUAUGUGUUACUUUGGCAUCUACAUCGAAGAAAAUCGUUGACAGUGAUGAUGAUUUUGAGGAUUUACCUCCUCAAUUUCAGUCAAAAAGUUUGAAAAAUAAAGAUGGAUUGGAGAAGAAAAGGCUGGUGAAUGAUGGAAAAACACGAAAUCGUUUACCCAAAAGUGUCAUUCUACCAGAGAGUAGAUAUCCGGAUCGUAAAUUCUGGAAACAUCCUGAUGUUGUGUAUAUUUCGAGUAGGUGGUCAUGUUACACUAAUCAUAGUGUCAUUGAACAAAUCAAACUAUCUUUAUCUGAUAAACAACUUGAGAUGUUUAGGUAUACAUGUUUUGGGUACUUUCUUGACCUUCCAAAAUCAAGCACACAACUACAACUUAUUCAUUGUCUUAUAAAUAGACAGUUAAAACACACACUGGAUGAUGUGUUUGCUAUUGAAAUAAAUAACAAAAAGUUAUUUUUUGGUCUUAGAGAAUUUGGGAUAGUUACAGGCUUAAAUUGUGUUGGUGAUUGGCACAUCUAUCAAUGUUCCCAAUUCUAG